AUGCUUCACUUAAAUAGGCGUCAAGCAAUCAGAAAUUUAUAAAAUUUUAUCGGAAAUUUGAUAAUACUGAAAUAUUUAUAGGUGUGUUUCUAUUAAAUCAAGACUAUAUUUUAAUUAAUUUCAACAACAGAAAUUGUGAGUAAUAUCCUAAUUUGA